AUGUCGGUCAGGACGCCCUCGACGAAGAGCUCCCGACUCAGCCACAGCUCUAAGCGCUCAGGCUAUACAUCGUCCAGCGGUUCCUCGCACAGUUUCGGCUCCACCCUACACGAGGCUUACGCGCAAUGGAAUGCGGCAGACGAAGCUUCCCAACGUCUGCCGCGAGAACAACGCGAAUUCGACGAAUGCGAUCGGGAGUUGGCGACGGCAAAGAAGAUGCUUACUAACCUGCAGGCUGGAAGAAGCCCGCCACGCGCGCUGAAGACGAAGAUGUCCUUGUUGCAGGUGCUAGGAAAGGGGAAGAAUGUCAGCGUGGCUCACUUGCCGAUCCAGCCUAUUCCGGAUGGCAGCACGGCGGAAAUCGUGGACGCCAGCGUCAGAAUGCACGAUCUGGAGAGGCAGCAUCAUGCUUUAUCUGAACAGCUGGAAGCAACGAAGACUGCAGCAGCCACGCUAGACCAGUGUUUCGAUCUUUUGAAGAACACCUUGGACAAUGGUCCUUUGCCAUGGUGGCGUUAUUCGCAGGGGAAUGAACAUGAAAUUUACCGAGCAGAGAAAAGCCUUGCCGCUCGCGAGAAGGCGUAUAUUGAUGCCACAUCCACGACAAAGGCACUUGCACGGGCUCGGCUGGCGAUACAAUCGUCACAUCACCACUAUCUCCACGCGAUCGAUAUCAUGGAGAACAUAUGCAGCCGGAACAGAAGUACUUUUGCUGCUGCGAUUGGAGAUGAGCAGAGCAAGCAAUCGACCUAUCAAGAGGCCGUCGAGUGGGCGAAAAAAGCGCAAGUCUGCCUCGCCGAAUGCCUGCGCGUCCUGGAGCCGCAGUGGGACCUGAUCAGGAAGGAUGAACAAGAAGACCGCGAUUUCCUCCGACAGUCCGGACUGCUGCAAGCGGUGAAGAUCUACGAGUUGAUGUACGGUGGCGCAGCCCUUAAAAUGGGGAUCACACAACAAGUGCAAGCGAUGCUCCAGAAGCAGGUAGCGGUGUUCGAGCGUCUGACGCAUUUCGCCGUCGGUAUACAGGAAUGUACAGCAUACUGCGAGUCUGUCGAGCAAGAUGCCAGGGCAAGCCGCGACGUCGCCAGGCGAUAUGCGGUUUCUCUGUGGAUGAACACCCCGGUACCCGCUUCCCCGUAG